AGUUAAUCAUUUCAACGAAUGGCACCUGUUAUGUUCAAAGGGGAAAUCGGGAGGCCACGGUGUUGGUGCUAGUGUAUCCUUUUCGCGCUGAGUAAAAUAAACUUUUAAAAUGAAUACCUACGUCUAUCUUAUUUGCAAUACUAAAUAAAGAGCGUCGCAAAGCCGUCUCUUCAAAUUUGUGAACAGGUUCCAAGCAGCGGCCAUUUUGCAUUGACCCACCACCAUGCGUCUGUUCCUGCGUCGGCGCUUGUCCCUCCUGAAGCUGGCCCUUGCUGGGGGGACUCUGUUUAUGGUUGUCCUUGUCAUCCUCCAGAAAGACGUGGGUAUCAGCUCCAACUCUGUCCAGGACCCCUGGUUCCAAGACCUGGUGGAACGCAAGGAGAGAGUGCUGGUGAUGGUCCGAGGAGCAGUCAACAACCUGGGCUUCCAGAUUGGAGCUCCCCAGCCUCCACCGGUAGAGGAGCAGCAGGCCACCUCAGACCGCAACUGUCCUCCAGGUCACUACACCCAAGCAGAGUUGAAGCCAGUCCUGGAGAGGCCCCAACAGGACCCCCAGGGGCCCGGGGCAGAUGGGACAGGCUAUGAGAAAGACAAGAUGACACCAGAGGAGGAGAAAGAGAAGGAAGAUGGGAUGACUGUUAACUGUUUCAACCAGUUCUCCUCCGACAGGAUCUCCCUCAGCCGUAGCCUAGGAGACGACACCCGGCCACCAGAGUGUGUGGAGCGUAAGUUCCGUCACUGUCCUCCUCUCCCCACCACCAGUGUAAUCAUAGUGUUCCACAACGAGGCCUGGUCUACCCUGCUGCGUACCGUCUACAGUGUCCUCCACACCUCCCCUGCUGCCCUGCUCACUGAGAUCAUCAUGGUGGAUGACGCCAGCACUGCAGAGCACCUAGGAACUCGGCUGGAUGAGUAUGUGAAACAGCUGAAUAUAGUGAAGGUGGUGAGACAGCAGGAGAGGAAGGGCCUGAUCACAGCCAGGCUCCUGGGGGCCAGAGGGGCACUGGGACAGACACUCACCUUCCUGGACGCACACUGUGAGUGUUUCCAUGGCUGGCUGGAGCCCCUGCUUGCUCGUAUCGUAGAGGAGCCCACGGCUGUGGUCAGCCCAGAGAUCACCACCAUCAACCUGAAUAACUUUGCCUUCAACAAGCCUGUAGCCACCUCUAAGGCCCAGAACAGAGGAAACUUUGACUGGAGCCUCACCUUCGGCUGGGAGGGCAUCCCCGAGCAGGAGAGGAACAGACGCAAAGACGAGACCUACCCCGUCAAAACUCCAACGUUUGCCGGUGGUCUCUUCUCCAUCUCCAAGAAGUACUUUGAACACAUUGGGACGUACGACGAUAAGAUGGAGAUCUGGGGGGGUGAGAACGUGGAGAUGUCCUUUAGGGUGUGGCAGUGUGGGGGCCAGCUGGAGAUCAUUCCGUGUUCUGUGGUUGGUCACGUGUUCCGUACCAAGUCCCCCCACACCUUCCCUAAAGGCACUGAGGUCAUCACACGGAACCAGGUACGAUUAGCCGAGGUCUGGAUGGACGACUACAAACGCAUCUACUACCGACGCAACAGUAACGCUGCGAAGAUGGCCAAAGAGAAAGGGUUUGGUGACAUCUCCGAGCGUGUGAAUCUGAGGGAGAGCCUACAUUGUAAGAACUUCACUUGGUAUUUGAAUAAUAUCUACCCCGAGAUGUUCAUACCAGACCUCACCCCAACCAAGUUUGGAGCGAUUAAGAACUCUGGCACUCAGAGCUGUCUAGAUGUAGGAGAAAACAACCAAGGAGGAAAGCCACUGAUCAUGUACACCUGCCACAACAUGGGGGGCAAUCAGUACUUUGAGUAUACGUCCCAUAAGGAGCUGCGUCACAACAUAGGGAAGCAGCUGUGUUUGCAGGCCAACCCCCAGCCAGACCAGGUUAAGAUAGAGCUCUGUACACUGAAGGGCCAAGGGACCAGCGUGGCCCCACAACAGGAGUGGCUCUUUACAGAGGAGAAUCUCCUCCAGAACCCAGCCAGUGGAAAGUGCUUACUCCUGAUAGGGAGCCAGAUAGUGAUGUACUACUGCAACACAGCUGAUCUCAACCAGCACUGGACAUUCAGUUGACCUCCCUGAACUUUAACCCCUGACCUUAACCAUAACUAAAGCUUGUACUGGACCUUGACCCCUCUACCAGCCCAUCCACCCAUAGACUCAGGGUCAAGAAGGAAAGGCCAGUACCAGCUGAGGACAACAGGACAGGACCAUAUGAAGCUGAGAACACAAAAUUGCUGACUUGAGAGGAAUGAACUGGUAGAACAUGGAGUACUGCAUACCUAUGUGAAUGAGCUCAGGAUUUAACCUCUGACUAUUUGAACUAUAUUUAUGAUGGAGACUCAGGAAUGAAGGUGGUCUGGUUCCUUCUUGUGGUGGGGAGGGAACUGAACACUGCAGCCUGGGUUGUGUUCAUUAGGGGAAGAUAUUUCGAAGCAGAGUGAAACUGUGAUCUCCACUCCUACCUGAACUUGUCCAAUGAGAACACAGAUUUAAAUUUGUUGCGAAACAUUUUGCUACGGUAUACCCUACUAAACAUGACCCUGAACUGGCAGGCAGCGAUAUGCUCUACCCAGCUAAUAUGGUAGGAAGAGGUCCAUCACUGACCACUAAAAUCUUAAAACCUGUCCGUUCCGCCAGCGGAACCCCUCGCCAACAGCCAAUGAAAUUGCAGGGCGCCAAAUACGAAACAACAUAAAUCUCAUAAAUCAAAUUUCUCAAACAUACAAGUAUUACAUUUUAAAAUAUUAAAUUU